AAGUGGUUGGCGGGUUUUUCCGACUUGCCCGGUACGAUUCCCAAUCGUACUUCCUCGGAACACCUCCCUCCUUUUAAGAGGCAUGUGCUAGUCGGUUAAACUUAGAAUUCCCAACGCCCGCUACAAUACCCACGAAUCUCUUUUCAGUGGCUAUUUUUCCGGCCAAAUCCCCUCGUCGGUGAAUCUCUGCCGUCAUCGGUGAAGAUUUGUACUUUGUUCAAAAUGGUUGUGAAGAUGGAUGUUGUCUUUAAUUAUGGAGGCAAGUGGGUAUUGACACCACAGACUGUUUACAUAAAAAAAAAAAAACAGAACCAUGUGUGGGAGGAUUAUGAUGCUAAUUUGCUGUCUUAUAUAGACAUAUGUACUGAAUACACAGAAAGGUUUGUUUUUAGGGUGGUUAAGCAGCUGCUAGUCACGGGUCCCUCAGGUAGAUAUUAUUUGAUUGAGGGUGAUUCAGGAAUUAGAACACUACAAUCUUCAUUGUCUAGUAAGUUUAGUGUGCUUCAAUUCUUUGUUGUAGAUGAGAGUGAAGAUAAUGUUUUAGCUCCCAACAUCAUUCAUCAUAAAGAACCAUGCUUUGUAUCAGCAGAUGUAGGAACUGAUUGUGAGUCGCGUUUGGAAGAGGAGGAUGAUAAUGAACCAGUUCCUGUUGACUAUGACAGUGAAGGAUUGGAACUUUUUAGAAAGGAAAAGAACAGGGAAGUGAACAAGAAACUAGAUAAUUUUUUUAGUGUUGGAAAAGGGUAUGAGCUUUAAGGAUCUUAAUGAAGCUAAAAGAGUUGUGGGCUAUUACGCAGUUUCUAAUAAGAAAGGACUUAGGGUUGAUCAUAGUGACAAUACUAGACUUAGAUAUAAUUGUGAUAUUGGCUGACCUUUUGUGUGUUUGAUUUCUGUAGAUAACAAAGAUCAGGGAUUUAAGAUUAAGACCAUGGAAUUAAAACAUAAUUGUCAGCCAGCAUUUAAAAAUAGAAAAGCUACUCAACAAGCUUUAGCACACUACUUCAAGAACAAAGUACAGAAUAAUCCUAAGUAUAAGGUGAAAGACAUGAGGCAGGAUUUGGAUGAUCAAUUUAAACUUAAUAUUAGUACUUCAAAGAUGAAGAGGGCUAAGAGGCUUGUUUUAGAGAAAUUAGAGGGUGCCUACAUUGAUGAUUUCAAUAGUUUGGAGGCUUAUGCUCAAGAAUUGAGGAAUAGCAAUCCUGGUACUAAUGUGGUGAGAAACAUAUCUAAAGAGGCUCUUGAACAAGGUAAAAGAAUAUUUCUAAGAAUGUAUGUGUGAUUUCAAGCUUUGAAAAGUGGUUGGAGAGGAGAUUUGAGGCCAUAUAUAGGGCUUGAUGGCACCUUUCUGAAAGGGAAAUGUAGGGGAAUUUUAUUGGUUUCCCUUGGACAAGAUUCAAUGAAGCACUUCUAUCCUCUUGCUUGGGCAGUAGUGGAUAGAGAAAUAUCCAAAGCCUGGAAAUGGUUCAUUGAGUUGCUGAAAAAUUCCUUAGACCUGAAGGAUAGUCAAGGAUUCACACUUAUGUAUGAUAUGUAAAAGGGUCUGAUUGAUGUUGUUACUCAUGUGCUUCCCAAAGUGCACUAUAGAUGGUGUGUAAGGCACAUUGAAGCCAAUUGGAUGAAGACUUGGAGGGGUGUACAGAUGAAGAAGUUAUUGUGGUGGUCUGCUUGGAGCACCUAUGAAGAAGAAUUUGAAGAUCAAUUAAAGUCCAUAGGUGUAGUUUCUGAACAAUCUGUCAAAGAUUUGCUAUGGUACCCAGCACAACAGUGGUGCAGGGCCUAUUUUGACACAGUCCGCAAGACUUCUCAUGUGAAAACAAUUUUGUUGAGUCAUUCAACAAGUGGAUUCUGGAAGCAAGGACGAAACCAAUAAUCAAGAUGUUGGAAGAUAUUAGAAUCAAGGUACAUAUUUACUGUUUUUUAUGCUUAAAUGGAUAAUCUUGAUUUAAUAGCUUAAUGGGUUUUUAUUUAUAAACUUGAUUGAGCCUUUAAACUGGCAGUGAGUUCUUGAUUUACUUCUCUUGUAUUUUGUUAAUUUUUUUAGCUGAAAUGAUGUUGUAUACUAUUGGAUGUUUGUUAUGUUAUUAAAGGUUGAAGCUUUAAGAGUUGAAGGAUAAUCUUGAUUUGAUACUGGUACUAGUUUUUGUUAGAACUGAAGCUAUGCUAUAUUAUAUUAUUAGAAUAUAAUAUCUUGCAGACUGUAGCACUAUUCAUCAUAUUGAUAGAGUCCUUUAAAUUAGAUAAAUGUCAUACACUUAGCAUUGCUGUUGGAAAAUUUCAAGAUAAUUCAAUUUCCAUUUUCACUUCAGAUAAGGACUUGUCACAGGUUAUACAUACUAACUUCACCAUUUCCCUCUUUAAGCUUUUCACAUUCUUUUUUCAGCAUAGGGUCACCUCAUUUUUGCAUUUUAAUCAAUUUGGUGUCAGUUUCUUGGCAAAAAUAUCAUAAAGUUGUGAUCUUUAUUGAAUUUGCAAAUCAAGAAUUGAUUUUUAUUAAGAGUUCAUUACUGGGGUUCUUGUUUUUUAUUCAAUGGCAUUUAUUUCUUUGUUGGGUUUUUACUCUUGUUGUUGAAAUGUUUGUGGAAUUCGUUUGUAGUAUUUAAGGGUUUGUUUUGAAUGGUAAGGUCAGAAUGGACCAAACAAAAAUAUUAGUAGUUCAGUCUAAGUUUUCCAACAGCCAAGCUAAGUUUAUGACAUUUAUCUAAUUGUCCAUGAUUCAGAACUGAAGCAGUGCUAUAUUAUAUGAUUUAGAACUAAAGCAGUGCUAUAUUGUCCAUUAUUCAGAACUGUAAUCACCAACAAUACGAUUAAUUUUUGGUACUGGUAUUGGUUUUUGUUAGAACUGAAAUUCAAAAUUUUCUAUUUAUGUUUUGGUUUGUUUACUGGUUUUUGGUACUGGUUUCUAUUAAUGUGUUUCUCUUACUGGUUUUUGGUACUGGUUCUAUUAAUGUGUUUCUCUUAAUAGUAUUGUCAAAAAAGCAUGCUUGUAUUUUUUGGUACUGUUUUUUGGUCUGUUAUGAAAAGGUUUUGAAUAGAUUGAAAGAUCUUGAAGUGGAGGGAAGAAAUUAGAGUUCUAAUUUUAGCUCAUACGCUAUGGAAUUGUACAAUGAUUUUAAAAUCAUUGCUCAAGGUUGUCAAGUUCAAGCUAAUGGAGACCUAGGGUAUGAGGUGGUUGAGGGUAUAGAUAGGCAUGUUGUGGAUCUUGUUAGGAAGAGGUGUACAUGUAGGACAUGGGACUUAACAGAAAUACCAUGUUCUCAUGCUAAUAAAGCCUUACUUCAUGACAAAAAAGAACCAUUAGAUGAGUUGCAUUGGUGGUAUUCAAAAGAGGCUUACUUGUUGGUGUACAUGCAUAAGAUACAGCCUGUUAGAGGUGACAAAUUCUGGAAAGUUGAUCCUUUUCAUGCUAUUGAGCCCUCAGAAGUACAUAAAAUGGUUGGUAGACUGCAAAUAUUAAGAGAACAAGGGAAAAGACUGAGUCAAGGAAGAGGGAGGGGUUGUGGUCAGCUUCAAGAAAAGGUCUUAAAAUGACAUGUGGACACUGUGAUACUCGUGGACACUGUGAUAGAAGAACAUGUCCUAUGCUUCAAGCAGCAGCAGAAACAGUCCAAGAUGUGCCACUUUCAGCACCCCAAGCCAGUCAAGAUUCUGAUUUUGUGUUCAUGCCUAAUCCUGGCUUUGCCUCUUCCAGCCAACCAGUUUCUGAAGCCGCUGGACCUUCAAAUCAAAGAGAAAAUCUAAGGAUAAAGUUAUUGCACCUUCAAAGAGAUCUUCCAAAAAUAAUGUUGAACCUUCAAGUAUCUUCAAGAGCACUUGUUGAUGAAGAUGAUGAUGAAGGUAAACUUGAUGAUGAGGAUGACCAGCCAAUUCUAAGGCCUAAGGUGAUUUCUGAAGGUAAGACUAGGCUUAAACUCAAGAAGUUGCAUCAACAAUCAACUAGUGCAAGGAAGACUGGCUUCAAGAGAGAUGAGAAUGGUGUUAGUAUGCCUACAAAUCUGUCAUACUCACCAAGACAGUUGGCUUGGAUAGGCCGACCAUGUGUGACCUCAAAUCAGUUGGCUGCUGAAAAGGAAAAAAAGAUUGACAAAUUGAAGGCAAAGAGGGGCAAGCAUUAGGGCAGAUUUGUAGUAGUUUUUUUUUUUUUCUGUUUUUUUCAAUGUUAUGUAAUGGCACAAUUACACUUCAUAUUUUGUUGUUUUUUGGAGUGAAUCAGUCUUGGAAGUGGCUGAUUUGAUUCACUCCAAAAAUAUUUUGGGAGCUUAUCUUUUGUGGGUUGCCAUGUAUGUCCAUGGCAAUGAAGUUGUGCAGUGGUUGUUGAACACUUUGCAAAAAUAUGACAAUGCCAUUGCUAGUUUAAAUGUGUUGUUGAUUUACAUUACAAUGUAAUGUUGUGGUUGAACAUUUUAGGCUACUAGCA